AUGGACACGCAGUACCCACCGCCGACUCCUCCACAUUCAACCUCAAUUGAUCAUCUGCACCGUCAACAGCAUACCCACCAGCAACAGCAUCAUCAUCAACAACAUCAGCAUCACCCACCCCACCACCCUCGCCCCCCGCCCCCGCAUUCCCAUUCGUACUCGCACCAAGGAGGAAACGACUACCCGCUAGCAUCGUCGCCCUCGAAAUCCUCUUCCGCCUUUCACCCCCAAACAGACCGAUUCGACCCCGACCUCCGCGACACACAACAGUCUUCCUCCUCCUCAAGCGCCCAUCGCCAGGCUUACGCGCAGGAGCAGCUCUCGACUACUGCCGCGCAUCGAGCGCCGCACGCGUCCUCAGCGUCUGCGCCUGCACCUGCAUCCCGCCAUCUGGCCCUGGGAUCGCCAAGAAGCGAUUUGGAAGCCCUCUCCUCCGCCGCGGUCGCGGCCGCCGCAGCGCAAACCUCAACCGCAUCUCCCUCCAGAGACAACCACCACAGCUAUCCUCCACCCCCGCCUCCGCAUCGCUACAUCCACCUGAACUCCCCCCCGUCGCGAACACGAACGAGCGAAGACCCAGCCCCCAGCUCAUCCAGAGGGGAAUCCGUCAGAGACUUUGUUCACGACCCGCCCCCUCCACUUCGGCGUCUUAGUGCACCCAACGUUCACUCGAGUCGGCCGCUGCCUUCCCCAGGUCUGCAGCCGCCAGCCUCAGCGUCAUCCGCAACGUCUUCGCGCCCAUUCUUGCCACCUCCCAGUCUCGGGCGCCGCACCCACGCCCCGCCGCCGGCCAUCCGCAUCCCCACGCGUGUCAGAGACGGCGACACCUUUGCAGAGCCCCAGAGUGCUCCCCUCCAGGUUCCCAACCACUCGCGCGCGUACUACUCUCACAUCCCCCAGCCUCCACGUUCGGCUGGCCCUCGCCCUUCCUCCAAACCGUAUCCGUCACCACUUGCCGCGAGAAACUCGGCCUUUCUCGCUCCCCCUUACCACUCGUCGUCAGGAUCGGGAGCAUCCAGCCCAGGCGUCGUCGACGAGCGCGCCCUACGAUCUCCGCAUCCCCCUCUGACAGCAGUCUACCCUCCCAACUACCCUUGGCCACCACUUCCUCCAUCCUCCCACGAUCUAGGAGACGAGGGACACCACGGCCCACCCAGUCACCACUACGCGUCGUCGCACCACUCGCAACGACCGUAUUGCUCCAGCCCACUUGGUGACACACCUCUGACUGCGGGUGGAAACAGCAGUCGAGCUCCGUACAGCAGCACCUACACACCGUACAAUCCGACUCCGCUUCAGACUGCCCAGGCCCAUCCACCGUCGCCCGCCUAUCUUUCUGCCCCUCCCCCUUACAGCUCGGGUGCUUCGCAACAGCAGCCGCUGCACAAAUCCAAACACGCCGUCCAGUCAUCGUCACAGGCGCGUACAUCCUCUCCGCUCUUCAUCCCUCCUCCCCUCCGUUUCCAGUACUCGACGUCUCCCCCACCAGGACUGGAGAUGCCGCCGAGGAAGAAGGCUGCCGUUGGCAGCGGCGGUGUCGCUUCGGCUACGCCCCACUCGCAAUCGUCCACACGCUCAUCCGCGCGUCUGAUGGCCGCUUCUCAGGCCAGCAACAACAGCCGUAACGGAUGGACAAUGGAGCAUACAUACGACUCUGUCGGCCAACCGAAGGAGGUCAUUGUGAUCCAAGACAGCACCAGCCCCAUCCCGAAGAAGCGAACGCGAGCCGUCGCUCAGGCCGAGGCCCAGCGGUGGGCAGCGCAGCAGCAGCAGAGCGGAAGCAACGGCCAUGGUAGCAUUGCAAACGGCGCGUCGUCGUCGCAGACGAAGAAGCGCAAGGCUGAGGCGGAUGAUUCGGCGAAGAAGGCGAAGAAGGUCGCACCAGCAGUUCCACAACCACCAGCACCUGCACCGCAGCACGCCCCAGCAGCGCCGGGGCAGGCUGCUCAUGCAUCCUGGGAUGAUGCCGAAGGACAUUACAUUGUGAAGCCGGAUGACGUUAUCGGAGGGAGAUAUAAGAUUGUACGAUUGCUGGGACAAGGAACAUUCGGCAAGGUGGUUGAGGCUCGACACAUUGAGUCGCGGAAGAAGGUCGCGAUCAAGGUUAUCCGAGCAGUUCAAAAGUAUCGCGACGCAAGCAAGAUUGAGAUUCGAGUACUGGAGACUCUGAAGAAGAACGAUCCCACGAACCAGAACAAAUGCAUCCACCUGACGGAGUACUUUGACUUCCGGAAUCACCCCUGCCUCGUGUCCGACCUCUAUGGCAUGUCCGUGUUCGACUUCCUCAAGUUAAACCACUUCCAGCCGUUCCCGGAACGACAUAUCCAGGAUUUCGCGCGAUCGUUACUCAAGUCGGUCAAGUUCAUCCACGAUUUAAAGUUAGUUCACACGGACUUGAAGCCUGAGAACAUUCUGCUCGUGUCGAACGACUCGAGGCUGUCGGGGCCGCGACGAGCGAACGCCCGGUCAAAAUCGAUCCUGAGGAAUACGGAGAUCAGGUUGAUCGACUUUGGAAGCGCAACGUUUGAGAACGAGUACCACUCGAGUGUCGUCAGCACGCGGCAUUACCGUGCGCCGGAGAUCAUCUUGGGUCUUCCCUGGUCGUAUCCAUGUGACAUGUUCUCGAUCGGGUGCAUCCUUGUCGAGUUCUUCACUGGUGAUGCGCUGUUCCAGACGCACGACAAUCUCGAGCACCUCGCGAUGAUGGAGGUCGUCAUGGGCAAGAUGCCAAACGUCAUGAUUGAACGAGGAAGACUGAAGAAGCCAGAAUUCUUCAAGGGCAACAAGAUUGACUUCCCGAACCCGACCGUGUCCAAGUCGAGCCGCAAGUUUGUCAAGGGGCUGAAGAGUCUGCGAGAGAUCAUCCCGUUAACGAACCCGACGAACGCGCUGUUCCUCGAUCUCGUUGUGCGGUUGCUCGACUUUGACCCGGAUCGCCGGAUCACGGUCGACGAGGCGCUCAAGCACCCGUACCUGCGGGCAAACAUCCCCGAGCCAGCGUAG